AUGGAAGAGUAUUCAUCGAGACCAGAAAACCAGGGAGGAUAUCGAACGAGGCUGAUCCUGCUUUGGGAGGAUUAUAGAGAGAGGAAACGAUCCUUGAAUGACCAGAAAAGAGGGAAGAGUCUGAAAGAAAGGAAUGAUAUGGGAACAGCUGGUAAAUGGAGUGAAUCUCAUAGAUUGCAACGACGAGAGUGGGAAAAACAGUAUGAGCGUGAGGUGCGUCUCGUAAGUGGCAUGAAUGACUCUCAGCAAAUCACCACGAAAUCCGUGGCGCAUUCGCAAACGGAUCAGAAAAAUGGGAUUUCCUUCGGGACGAUGAGACCCAACACUGAGACUUUCGCUGUCGGUUUCGGGGACCCACUUGCCGCCCAGAACUCAUCACUGUCAACACACUAUACUGAGAAUCUAUCAUGGGAAAUAACCAGUGGGCAAUCUCACUACACUCAGCCCAUCAAUCCAGGGAUGGAGGCCGGAUUUAAUGAAAUGAUGGUUGCUGGCCAUUCGCAAUCUGAUUGUUUUGGGAAUCUUCUGCCCAGCGAUUGGAGCCUGUUUAACCCUGGGGUAUCUAACACAGGUAUACUAUCAGGAUCGUCCAUCGACUUCCCGAAUCUCAACAGUGAUCACGAUACAUAUGGAAAUGCCUCUCAAAUUGUUGAUAUGCCUGAGGAGUCCUUUGCUGGAUGGCAGGCUAACGAUGUCAUUGAUUUCAGCUUGUUGGACACGCAGUUGGAGCCAGAUGCUAAUCCAACCCCGCCGGAAGAGCAACAAGGCUACGAAGGUUACCGAAGCUUCAGGUAA